AUGACUUCGCCCUCGCGCUCGCGAUCACGCCGCAACAGCAGCACCUCGGAGGUACAGUCUCCCACCGACACUCGGCCACCCGCCCGCUUCGAUCCCGGCCCGUUAACACAUGAACAUGGGCUUGCCGAGAGCUUUCAGUCGACGGAUACGAUGCGGAGGAGGCCCGAAGGUUCAUACGGCACCAUGCAAUCGCCGACCCCCGCCGCGGGCUCGUCUCAGCCGCACGUCCCCGACCCGUAUGCACCCGAUCGCUCCCAAGGGGGGAGCCGGGCCAGCCAGUCGGUGACGCGUUCGCCCAUGCUCGGCCCUGAGCGCGGCAAGGGACAUCCUAGGAAACCGCCUAUGAGUCGCCGCGCCAGUUCCAACGCACAAGCCCCGCACCGCGGUGAGAUAUUCUCCGUCGACGACGCCGCCGAUGAAAUCGAAGCCCGGCGCAUCAGCACCUGCGCGCACCCAGCCGUCCGCCGCCGCACCGUGAACCCGCCCGUUCUCUCCCGAGUGCAUUCGCGACAGGACGAUGUGGAAGAGAGCCCCACUGCCGAGGAAGAGCAACCCCAGAAGAUGCCCAACACCAGGCCCGGUAGCAGCAGGGGAGUCCACGUUGAGAUUGCGGAGGAAGUUGAGGUGGCCGAGGAACGACACCAAGACGACGAUGUCGACGAGCUCCAUGAAAGCGGCGACGGUCCCACAGACGACGAUCAUGACGACGACGACGGUGACAUCAGUGAUGCCGAGAGCUUCACGCUCAAAGACCGCCAACAGGCCAUCAACGAAACGCACCCUUUCGGAAUCAGGUUGUGGAAGCCUGCGCUGUACAAGAAGGACCGGUCCGUCCAGAAGACGGCCGAGGGCGAUAUCCACUCGACGCCCGGAGGAAAGGUUGGCGGCUGGCUGUUCAUAUUCAACAUUAUAUGGACGCUGUGCUUCGGCUGGUGGAUGGCCGCCAUCGCCUUUGUCGGCGCCGUCAUCUGCUUCUUGUUUGCCGCCGCCCCGAGCGCGCGCCAGUACGGCCGCCUGCUCUGGGGCCUGGCUGGGUACCUCUUCUAUCCGUUUGGCAAAUUCAUCCGCCUCGAGCAGCAGGAGGCCUACCUGGAAGAGGACCUGGGCGAGGGCCGCAGUAUCAGCGAGUACGAGCAGUGGCAGAGCGGUGACCUCGAGUACGGCCGUCUCUUUUUCGGCCCUGAGCGCGGGCGCUCCAUCAUUGGACGCUCGCGGCGCAGCAUCGGCUCGACACACAGCGAGACCGACAGCCUUCUUGGCCGAUCCCGCCGCGACGCUGGCGAUCGGUCCGACUCUGGCGAGGUGCCGCCCCUGAAGCGCCGCCUCUUUGGGCGCGGGCAGUGGAACGUUGGCCGCGUCAUCUUCUUCCUCUUCUUCUACCUGCUCCUGACGCCCUCGCUGUUCGUCGUGUCUGGCAUCUGCUGGUUUCUCGUCUUCUGGAUCCCCAUGGGAAAGGUGACCAUGCUCCUGAUAGACCACCUGCGGCGGCACCCGCUCGCGCUCAACUUUGGCUCCGACAUCAGCUCGGCCCGCGCGCCCAACACGCCUCACUCGUCCAUCAUUGUGUGCACCUACCGUGCCGUCGGGCUCAAGUACUGGAAGUAUACGGUCGAUGGCACCAACAUCUUCCUCAUCAACCUCAUGGCCGUCGUCUUCUUUGUUGUCUUUGACUGGCUCGUGCUUGAUGGUGUUUUCAAGAUGCACAACUUUUUGACUUCGCCCGCCUUUCUCUUCUUCGGCGGCCUGCUGUCUAUCAUUCCGCUCGCCUACUUUAUCGGCCAGGCCGUCGCCUCCAUCUCGGCGCAGUCGUCCAUGGGUGUCGGUGCCGCCAUCAACGCCUUCUUCUCCACCAUAGUCGAGGUCUUCCUCUACUGCGUCGCCCUCAACCAGGGCAAGGGGCAGCUCGUCGAGGGUAGCAUCGUCGGCAGCAUAUUUGCUGGUAUCCUGUUCCUUCCGGGCCUAUCCAUGUGCUUCGGUGCCAUCAAGCGCAAGACGCAGCGCUUCAACGCCCGCUCCGCCGGUGUGACGUCCACCAUGCUGCUCUUUGCCGUCAUUGGUGCCUUUGGCCCCACGCUCUUCUACCAGAUCUACGGCACGCAUGAGCUGAACUGCCUCGAUUGUACCAGCUUUGAAGGGCCUCCCUCGGAUGGAAACAGGAGCCCUGCGGCGCGAGACUGCCGCCGCUGCUUCUUUUCACAGACGCCUGCCCUCAACGACCGUUUCUACCUCGAGACGGUGCGGCCCUACUGCUACAUCGCCGCCUCCCUGCUGUUCCUGUCAUACGUCAUUGGUCUCUGGUUCACUCUGCGGACGCACGCCGCCGUCAUCUGGAAUUCCGAGGUGGACGAGAAGAAGCACGAAGAUCAUGCCCUGGCUGGUGGCGCUUCUACGGCCGGCUUCCACGGCGGUUCGGUCUCGACGAGGCAGCCCUCGACAACCAUGGGGGACAGCACCGGCACGGAUAUCCGUGAUACCAACGUCUACAAGCGCAUCUUGGGCCAAUCCCUCCGGCAGGCGGGCCUGACGCAGCAAGAGAGCGUGUCGUCAUCCGGGACCGUGGGCCGCGGAGGGAACGGGAGCGUUUCGACACCACAUCUGGUGCCGCCCAAGGGCGGCAGUGGCGGGGGCACCAUGCACAUCCCAGGCUUUUCUGAGGCGGAGAAUAACCAACUCGCGCACCAGGUGGCCGAAAUUGCCGCGACGGCGGCGGCAGUAGCUGUGAUCCCACGGCGCUCGUCGGCGCGCAACCUUCACGGAGGCAGCACCAAGACGACGCCGAACCCGACUCCCGGCCCGCGGCCCGUCGCGGCGUUCCCGGACCCCGAGGAUCCUCUCUUCAUCCAGGGUGGCCAGAGCACCACAGCCACUGCGCAGCAUGGAGGGGCUGUGGCUGGCGGUGCCGCCGUUGACGCUGCCGGCGGCGGCCACGGCGGCCACGACGCACCCAACUGGAGUCGUCUCAAGUCGUCGGUCAUCCUCAUGGGUGCCACCGUGCUCUACGCCAUCAUUGCUGAGAUCCUGGUCGAUUCGGUCGACUUUGUUCUCGACGGCCUUGCUGUCGACGAGAAGUUUGUCGGCAUCUCGCUUUUUGCGCUCGUGCCAAACACGACUGAAUUCCUGAACGCUAUCUCCUUCGCCAUGAACGGCAAUAUCGCGUUGUCCAUGGAGAUCGGAUCCGCGUACGCCCUCCAGGUCUGCCUGCUUCAGAUUCCCGCCCUGGUGCUCUACUCGGCCUUUUACGCCCCUACGUCAGGUGUCGAUGAUCUGGCGCAUUACACCUUCUCGCUCCUCUUCCCGCAAUGGGACAUGGUUACUGUGAUUCUGUGCGUGUUCCUGCUUAGCUACAUGUACGGCGAAGGAAAGAGCAACUACUUCAAGGGCAGCAUCCUGUUGCUCAGCUACCUGGUCGUCAUCGUUGGCUUCUUCUUGAGCGGCUACGCCUCGGACUUGAACGGCGCCGCCGGAGUCAGCUCCAGGUUCGACACAAUGGGCGCCGACGGGUCCUAUGUCAGUUACGGCGGAGACUCUUUCAAGACGGUUGGGCGAGGCAAGAGCGGGCCCGCGUUCUGA